AUGCCGUUUUUCAAAAUCCUAAGGAAGGGAACUAAAUUCUUGUGGACAGCGGAAUGCCGAGCGACAUUUGAGGAUCUCAAAGUGUAUCUAGCGAAGCUCCCGACUCUGACCAAGCCGGUCCCGGGAGAAACAUUGUAUCUGUACAUAGCAGUGGGGGAAGAUGCAAUCAGCUCUGUGCUUAUCAGAGAGGAAGGAAGUCACCAGAAACAAAUCUACUUCGUCAGUCGAAUCAUCCAGGGUCCUGAAUUAAACUGCACAGAAAUAGAGAAGGCUGCUCUGGCAGUCAUGGUCACGGCAAGAAAGUUGAGGCCUUAUUUUUUGUCACAUCGGGUAGUGGUGCGCACUGCUCUACCUUUUAGACAAGUGUUGGGGCGGCCAGAUUUGUCGGGAAGAAUGGUCAAAUGGGCUGUGGAGUUGGGAGAGUAUGAUGUGGAGUACGAGCCGAGAAUGGCGAUCAAAGCGCAAGCUUUAGCGGAUUUCAUACAAGAAACAACUCGCCGUCCUUUGCCAGAGUUUUGGGUUGCUUUCGUGGAUGGAUCAGUAACGAAUGAGGGGUGUGGAAUCGGGGUGUACAUCACCUCCCCGGGUUAUGGAACAUAUCAGUUCGCCAUCAAAUUCACCUGCCGGUUGUCCAACAAUGAGGCUGAAUAUGAGGCUGUGGUCAGAGGGGGGCAUAUUCUGUCAGAACUCAAGGCCGAAUGUGUCAUCAUCAAGACAGACUCCCAGUUAGUAGCUCAACAGUUGUCAGGAGCCUAUAAUGUCAAAGAUCAGCGGAUGAAGGCGUAUCAUUGCAAAAUCAGCGAGAUGAAAGAAAAGUUCAUGGAAUUUAAGAUCGAGCAGAUUUCUCGGGACGAGAACACAAAAGCGGACUUAUUGGCACGCAUGGCCAGUGCAGUAGAGCAAACGUGGAACGACGAGAUCAUUUUACUUUGUGAUACCAGAGAGAUGGGGACUUCACAGGUCUUCUCCGUGGAGAUCAGGGAUGACUGGCGGGCUCCAAUUAUACACUUCCUCAAGACAGGGGAGCGGUUGAACAGAGAAUCUAAUCAGAGGGCCCGAUACGAAAAUUAUUGCUUGCUUAAUGACCAACUCUACAAACGAUCCUUUACUCAGCCUUUACUAAAAUGCUUAUCUCCAGAAGAAGCUAACUUUGCUUUAAACGAAGUUCAUGCAGGGUUCUACUGGCCUAACAUCAACAGAGAUGCCAGGGAGUUCGUCCGCAAGUGUGAGGCUUGCCAGAGACAUGCCGGGAGAAUCAACAUUCCAGGGGAACCUAUGGGCGUUAUGUACGCUGCAUGUCCAUUCGACAAGUGGGGCAUCGACAUAGUCGGGAAACUGCCAACAGCGCCAGGGGGCAAAUGCUUUCUCCUUGUAGCGGUGGACUACUUCUCUAAGUGGGUCAAGGCUGAAGCCGUGGGGAAAAUCGAUGAGGUGACUGUGGAGCGCUUCAUUUGGCGGAAUAUAUGCUGCAGAUUUGGCGUGCCCAGGAUCAUCAUGUCGGACAACGAAACCCAAUUUACUGGGCAGCGGAUUGCGGAUUUCUGUGACCUGAUGGACAUCACCCAACGAUUCGUCUCGGUGGCUCAUCCACAAGCGAACGGACAAGUGGAGUUGGCCAACAGGACAAUAUGCGAAGGGAUUAAAAAGAGGCUGAAUCAAAGCAGAGGAAAGUGGGUCGAGGAGUUGGACACUGUACUUUGGGCUUACCGCACUAGCCCGAAGACAGCCACUGGCGAAGCACCAUUCACUCUGGUGUAUGGAUCUAAUGCAGUGAUACCAGCAGAGGCAAGGUUGGAGUCGUAUCGGAUUACAACCUACAACACUGAGCACAAUGCCGAACUCCGCCGAGCAGAGUUGGAUUUGGUGGAAGCACAGAGGGAUGAAGCCCGGGUCAGAGCGGCAAAGUACAAGAGUAUUAUCAAGGCAGGAUAUGACAAGAGGGUCAGAGCGAGGAAAUUAUCCAAGGGCGACCUAGUCCUUAAGCGAGCUGAUGCAUUAAAGGCAGUGGGCAAGUUUGAAGCUAAUUGGGAAGGCCCAUUCAUCAUCACAGAGGAGGGAGAUCAGGGCCAUCAAGCGGGAGGAAUGGAGGAGUCUUGA